CUCUCAUUAGUGGGGAGGCGAUUGCUGCUGCUGCUGUUAACGCUGCCAUUGUUGUGCGAGUAGGACAGUGUCUGACUGUAGUGAAAUCUUCACCACUAAUGUAGCCAGUAGUCGGCCUGACCGAGGAGGAGCAGGCCUGUCGAGAUAGGCUAGCAAGCUGGAGAAGAUACCGGAUUAUCUCAGAGAUACUAUGGACUGGUUUAUGGGGAAAGGGAGACGUAAAGACAAGGAUUCUCCAAGCCCGCUUGUCCAAGAUGAACAACGACAAUAUCUACAAGACACUUGUGUCCAGGAGAGAAUUAUUCAAGCUGAUUUUGAAAAAAUUGUUGAUAUUCCAUUUAGUUUGGAUUAUUGCGAAUGGUUAGCCACACAUGUAAUCUCAUUUUUCAAUCAUGUCAAUCUGUUAUAUGGAGCAAUAUCAGAAUAUUGCACCCUGGAAGGUUGUCCUCUCAUGAAUGGGCCUGGAAACGUGCAAUAUUUCUGGCAUGAUGAAAAAGGCAAGAAGUUCAAGUGUACAGCUCCAGAAUAUGUAGAUUAUGUUAUGUCAUUUAUCCAGAAGGAUAUUUUAGAAGAAUCCAUUUUCCCAACAAAGUUUGGCAAUGCUUUCCCCAGUACGUUCCAAAUGAUAGUGAAGAGGAUCCACCGCUACCUGUUUCACGUGUUAGCUCACAUAUACCAUGCUCAUUACAAUGAAGUGCACAUCCUAGGCCUUCAUGGUCACCUGAAUACACUCUUUGCACAUUUCAUGGUAUUCAACCUUCGCUAUGACUUGCUAGAAGAAAAAGAGACCGAUGUGCUCCAAGACUUGAUAAAGGCCCUGACCACAUUUGUACCUGCUGAAACUAUGAACCCCUUGACUUCAACGUCUGGGGAAGAGGGCGCAGCAGAUAGUGACAAUACUGCCCAAGCUACAGCAACGGCAGGACCGCUUGUAUCAUCUUCCACGAAUGAAUUAGAAACAGAAGUGACACAAACUUAAUGAUUGCUAGCUUACACCUUCCACAUAUUAGAGAGGGAGCAGGAGGGGAGGAAUAGAUUUAAACAAACAAACAACAAGGAAACAAAACAACAACCAUAACAAUGGUAACAAAAAAUAUUUUUAAAAAAAGUGUAGUAAGUUGAAAGAAUUUAGAAGCUACAUGAACAACAAGAAUAUAAUUAUAUUUUACUGCAAAUUGUUCAGUCAGAUCUCAACCGCAUGUUCUGCUCCUCUGUGUGUGUUUCUGCUUUGAUAAUAGUCAGCUUCCUCUCUGUUUUGUGUACAGCAAUAAUAUAAGAUCCCACUGAUUAGAAGUAGAGAAGAAAGAAAGAAAGAAAAUGACAGAGCAUUGAACAGUUUCCAGGAGAGAAAAUCCCAUUUUUUGGAACCCCUAAUUCAAAAAGUCGUCGCUGUAGUCUUCUUCUACAUCAACCGAAAGGAUCAGGAAAAGAAAAUUUAGACAAAAUCUUUCAAGAAAAAAACAGAAAUAAAGUGAUAUUCUGUGUGAGCGAGUGCGUGAUUGUGGUUGCAUGUGUACAUGUGCGUAAGGCCAUGUGAAUACAGUCACACAUGCAUGUCUAGGCUAUUCUUCCAUUACCAUGUAGCCAUUUUUGUUGUUGUUUUUUUUCUUAUAUGUGACAAAACAUGAAAAGCUGCACCAAAUGGGAUCAGAUAUUUAUUUUCAUUUUUGACAUUUGUUAUUUAUUUUUUAUUAUCUUCAACUCUCCCCUUCCCCCUCAAAUGUGUUUAAGUUACAUAUGUGUACACACACUAACACUCACUCACACACACCUUAAUGAUAUAUGUAUAAAUAUACCCCAUGCAUUUGUGUGUGUUUUUGACAUGCACAUACGCACACACACACAUUCAUGCAGACAUAUACACACAAACAUACACAUAAUUAGAAAGAAGAAGCUACAUUCUCUUGGCUCCCUUGUUGCUGUUUCUGUGUCCUCUUCACCUUUCCAGAAAUCUCUACUGACACUGGAAUCCAAUCAGGGGAAUCCAUCCUUGAAGAUAAAAAAAAAAAACCAACUCAAGAACAACAAAAAUCUUAUCUCUAACUUAUUUAUAAUUGAUUCUUUAAUUCUACGAUAAAAUAAAAACAAAUACAAAAAAAUGUUUCAUUUCUAUUAAA